CAGAGAUCAAUUGACGAUUCGGGAGAAGAAACUUGGGUAUGACCUGAAGAAGAAUGGAUUUCUACCUCAGUUUAUGGACAAAUAAUCAUGCAAGCUUAUCAUGAAAAGAAAGAGGACGGGACUACGAGUGUCUGGGAUCAAACGGCAACUGAUUCGGAGUCCGGACGAGGGAGAAACGAAGCAUUAAACAGAGGCUGAGCAAGCCACACGGGCACAACCCACACGGCCGUGUGACCUGGCCAUGUGGCCGUGUGGAAAUCACCGAGCCUUCACACGGGCAGCUGGGAAAGCCACACGGCCGUGUGGCCUGGCCGUGUGAGUCGGGAAUUGCUGUUUAAAACCCGAUUUUCAGCAAAAGGAAAGGGGGAGAGCUGGGUUUUGGAUCCCAAACACCCAAGGGACGAACCCUAGAGAGAGAGAGCGACUUGGGAACGUUCUUGGAGCUAUUUUGGAGGAUUUCUUCGCCAUUGAAGCUCGGGAAUCAAGCUUGGAGAUGGAGAUUGAAGAUCUAGAUCAGAUUUCUGCAGUCUCUCUCUUCUCUAUGGAGUAACUUCCUUUCACUUAGGUUUUGAGGAACCCUAGUUCCAUGAGUUAGGAUCUUUCUUGUAUGAAGUUUUGGAUGCUUUAUUGUUUGAUUAUAAUCGAAUGAUGCAUGUUUAUUGAGUCAAUUGAAGUCUGAUAAACUUUUCCUGAUUCCUGCUGCAAUCUGAGAUAGAUAGAAUCUGAUUAGGUUGCUAGAGUCUCAUCAUUCGGUAGUAGGAGAUUGGCUAUACGAGAGUUAGCCAGUUUACUGCUUUGUACUGGAAUCCAAUUCCAGUAGUGGAGUUCUGUGCUUAUUGCUUCAGCUUUCUAUCCCGGUGAAGACUAGUCGUCUGCCGGAUAGUUCGACUGAGAGGGUUUGGUCAGCUUAAGAGAUUCCAAGCUACUGUCGGAUCUUCCGCAGUUUAAUCAACAGUAAAACAACCAAAAGGAAUUACAACUUGGACCUAAUUGAGGAGCUAGGGGGAAUCAUACCUAAGUGAGUUCCCAAACUGUAAUUAGUAGUUUUACUUAGUUUAGUUAGUAGAGUAGUUUGGUUAAUCAAUCCUUAAUCUAGUUUGCUAGAUAAUGAACUGAAGCUGAGUAAUAGUAACUCUAGAGACCCGUGGAUUCGAUAUUUAUUACUUGUGCCACUAUACUGCAGUCUCUUUCAUUGGUUACACUUGGCCAUUGUUAGGUGUUGUGUUUUAGCGUGUCAAGUUUUUGGCGCCGUUGCCGGGGACUUUCUAGAGUAUUAGGAAAGGCAGAAGUUUGUUACUUUAGCGUUUUUCUUUUCUUUUCUUUUCCACCCUUGCUUUUCACUUGGGUGUUUUUGUUUUUGUUGGUGCAGAUCUGAAUCAUGGAUCCUAAUGGCUUCUCCAAUCAUUGGGGGUAUCCACCACCAUCCGGGUGGUAUUACCCCGCGACUCCCUACAGCAAUCAAGGAGGAGAAGACUAUGGAUUCGGGUUCCAGUACCAACCCCCUUACUACGGAGAACAAUCAGACCCCUGGGCAUAUCAAGAACAACCUAAUUACCAAGAAGACUUUCUCCCACAACUAGAAGGGCCAUCGGAGAUGGAGUUACCCAUGGCGGCCUUCACGGGCCACUCUGCAGAGCCAUGCUACACUUCACUGGAGGAUCCGAACGAACAAUUAAGGCUUCUCGUGGAGCAGUUUGCUCGAGACACUGAGAAAUCAUGCUCUAAGAUGGAUCUUCAAAUCAAAGCCCUUGCCACUUCUGAUCCCUCAUUUCUCCAUGAUAUGGAGGAGACUGUUCAGCGCUCAGCGAAGCAAACAGAGUGGGUGAAGCAAGUUUGCUCACAUCUUGCUCAAGAUCACUUUUCUGCUGCCACGCUAGAAGAGGUGGAGGAUGACAAAGGCUAUGGGAGCGUUGAGGAGCAUACAGAAGUUAUCACAAAGAACUCCCAUGAUAACCAUGAUCAGGAAAGUCCUUUGGUUGCAGACCACACCUUUCCUCAUUUAUGCUCUAACAUGAUGGGCCCGUGCGAGGAGAUGCAAGAUGAUCCCAUUGAAGAAAUUGCUUGGCGACUUGCUCUCCAAUCUGUUCUAGAAGAAGAAGAGCGAGCAAGGAUGAGGAAGAAAGUUGUGGAUGAUGAGGAAGAAAGAAAAGAAGAGGUGGUUCUUGAUCUUUUCCCAGGGGAGAGACCACAUUUUGGAGAAGAAAGGGGGGUUGAGGAAGCAAUUGGCGUCCAGGCUGAGGAUGAAGUUAAGGUGGAAGAGGCCUGCACCGGCCAUGAGUUACAUGUGAUAUCUCCACCAAACUUCGAGGAGCUGCUUGGCAAGGACCCAUUUGCAGUGUCUCUUUGCCAGACCAAGGCCACAUCGACAUGGGUCCCUCUUGGUGGAAGCGAUGGUGGUCGGUCGAUGCUGUCAUAUCUGGUUUGGGGCAAUGAGACGAGAGAAGAGAAGAAGAGGUCUCGAGGGUGGAGACUUCAUCUGCAUCAAGUACAUGAGCCUUCAUCACCUGCCACACCACAUGCUCGUGACUUGAGACUCCACCUCAUCGACGAGAACCUCAACUUCAAGGAGGUUCUAGCAUGGACCGAAACUUAGGAGCCAUCGUCUGGCUCACGACGUGAAAGAAGCGCUUGUUGGGAGGCAACCCAACCAGUCGGUUUGCAUUUCUUUCUCUAUUUCUCCUCGGUUGAGUCAGUUUUGUUAUUUGAUUUAAGAGUCAAUAACUCAACCUUUGUGAGAUUUUGUGUGGUGUUUGUGUUCUGAUUACUCUCUCUUCCUGGAAUGCACUGCCUGACCCGUACAUCAUCAUUCACCCUUGAUCUGGUAACUUCGUUCUACCCUCCUUAUCUUUCCUCCAUUGAGGACAAUGUCGUGCUUAAGUGUGGGGGGGUGUUCGAUUAUGUAUGCGGGUGAAUGUUUGGCUGUUUGUGUGCUUGGAGCCUAGUUCACUGUCCAAAUUUUUAAAUUUGAGGGCUCCAAGUAUGUGUUUCCUUGCAAAUUGCCUGCUCAGUAUGCUUUGAAUUGACAGUCUCUAUAGUAAUGUGCAACCUAGGGAGGUAGUGUAGCACUAUGGAGGAUGUUGAAGUAUAAGAUUUUUCCUAUCUAGCUCUCUGUUGUGCCAGUUGAUUUUGUGAAUUAGUGGAGCUAAGACCGUUGAAUUCAUGUGGUAAUGGUGACUCUGUUUGGAUUAUGUUAUGGACUCGUGUAUCGAACAGGGUGCUCAUAUGGAAAAUGGGAAGCAGUUGGUCCUCCAUGUCAAAAUCAUUAAAUCUUAAACAUGGGGUAAGCCCAACGUGUGCGGCACCGUUCAUUGCACAAAAUCGGGUUUUGGAAGAGAUUUUUGUGAUCCUUAGUGGGGUACUCCUACAAGGUGAAGCUAAGUUGUCUCUAGUACAAGUAAAACUUCCACCCGUUGAACGGUUUGCCUACUUGAGGAUGUGUUUUUAAGGGCACGGAUAGAGCUUCCGACCCCCCUUAAUUUCAUUGACCCUCCACACGAGUUGAGGAAAAGGAGUUAAAAGAAGUACUCUGGCGAGCUCCAGAUGUACAGAAAUUGCUCUUGCUCGACUAAUAAGGGUCGACCGUGCAAAAGAAGUACCCGUUGAAUUCAUGUGGUAAUGGUGACUCUGUUUGGAUUAUGUUAUGGACUCGUGUAUCGAACAGGGUGCUCAUAUGGAAAAUGGGAAGCAGUUGGUCCUCCAUGUCAAAAUCAUUAAAUCUUAAACAUGGGGUAAGCCCAACGUGUGCGGCACCGUUCAUUGCACAAAAUCGGGUUUUGGAAGAGAUUUUAGUGAUCCUUAGUGGGGUACGGUCCUCCAUGUCAAAAUCAUUAAAUCUUAAACAUGGGGUAAGCCCAACGUGUGCGGCACCGUUCAUUGCACAAAAUCGGGUUUUGGAAGAGAUUUUAGUGAUCCUUAGUGGGGUACUCCUACAAGGUGAAGCUAAGUUGUCUCUAGUACAAGUAAAACUUCCACCCGUUGAACGGUUUGCCUACUUGAGGAUGUGUUUUUAAGGGCACGGAUAGAGCUUCCGACCCUCCUUAAUUUCAUUGACCCUCCACACGAGUUGAGGAAAAGGAGUUAAAAGAAGUACUCUGGCAAGCUCCAGAUGUACAGAAAUUGCUCUUGCUCGACUAAUAAGGGUCGACCGUGCAAAAGAAGUACCCGUUGAAUUCAUGUGGUAAUGGUGACUCUGUUUGGAUUAUGUUAUGGACUCGUGUAUCGAACAGGGUGCUCAUAUGGAAAAUGGGAAGCAGUUGGUCCUCCAUGUCAAAAUCAUUAAAUCUUAAACAUGGGGUAAGCCCAACGUGUGCGGCACCGUUCAUUGCACAAAAUCGGGUUUUGGAAGAGAUUUUAGUGAUCCUUAGUGGGGUACGGUCCUCCAUGUCAAAAUCAUUAAAUCUUAAACAUGGGG